AUGGAAUAUCCUACCAACCAAUUACUUUUCGGUCCGGAUUGGGACCUCAAUCACUGGACCGCCUCUGACGACCGCGUACGCGGUGGAUCAUCUGUGUCGAAUCUUAAGCCUAUCGCGGAAGGGGUGAUUUUCCACGGCAACCUCGACAUUGAGACACUCGGCGGCGCAGGUUUUGCGUCACAACGUACGGUCGGAGACGAGCAAAUAUGGGACCUUGGCGGACACGACGGCAUUGAGAUACACACUGUUCCAUUGGACGGAAACCGGUACACUUUCUCCCUGACAGACGAAAUCCCACAACGGAGGCCAGAUGGCCGUGAACAGAGUGCUCUUGUCUGGGAAUAUGAUUUUUCCGCGAGCGAGACAGGCGGCAAAGUGCGUAUGGCAUGGAAGGAUCUGAAACCAACAUAUCGAGGGAAGCCAGUAGAAGAUGCGAGGCCGUUGGAUUUGACGCAUAUAAGGAGGUUUCGGAUCAUGAUUCGAAGUUUCUUUGGAGCACAAAAAGGCAACUUUAGUCUCAAGAUUCAAUCGAUCGGAGUGUUCCGCGAGAGGUACAUUGAUAAUGCUAGUCUCGCGAAGGAGUCGACGGAAUAUGGAGAUGAGAAAAUGGGAUUUGAUGAGACUCGAGAAAAUAAGAGAUGGCUUCCUAGUUGUUGCCCAUCUUGA